ACUAGCGCCAGCGGCAUCGCUAUUCGCUAUACCUAGCGUUAAUAUUUUGAUGUGCAAAAGAGUGUUUAUUCAAUUAAUACGAUCGAAAAUAAUUCAUUAAUUUAAUAUUAUUCUUUUCAGUGAUGUAAAUUACAGUCCGUAAAGGAGCACAUAAUAGUUAUAAAUAGAAUAAUAAUUAGAAAAUAUAUGUGCAAUGUUGUUGUUUUUAACGAAAUGUGAUUUGUGAACGGAUUCAGUUACGAUGUGGACGGGGAGAGGUGGACGGGCGAUGCGCGGCUGUGCGCACUCGCUCCGCAAGCGAGCGGUGGCGUGUCUGCUGCUGCUCUUUGCGGGGUCGCUGUGCACGGUCGGCAUCAUUAGCUCCGGCUACUCCCGGCUUCCUCGUGAAUAUCAGAUGGAAUCUCAAAUAGCGGAAAUGCAGGCGCACCUUAAAUUCUUGGAAUCUUUGUAUAGGGCCCGACAGGAGGAUAUUAUGACGCUCCAGCACAAGGCCGUCACGUCCAAUAAUUCUCAAACAGCUUUGAAUGACCCGAAAAGUGCCACUUUGGCCCCGGAAGUGUCUGCCCGUCUAAAGAACUUGACCGACUCCUUGGCGGCUAGGGGUGUCAACACGCAGGAGUUGGCGCUCAUGAAGACGGCGUUCGUAUACCAGCUGCUGCCGCAUCUGAUGAAGGACCCUAACAGCUUGAAGCCCGCGUUCCAUAUGCGGGCGGGAGAUCGGCCGUUGGCGCGCUUCGUGAUCGGCAUACCAACUGUGCGGCGUGAUAUGGAGGCCUAUAUCAUGGACACUCUGAAGACCCUCGUCGAGGGAUUGACGGAGGAAGACCGAAAGGAUACGAUUAUCAUCAUCUACAUCGGUGAAACGGACAUGAUGUACGUCAUCGACCUCGCCAAGCAGAUCGAGGCGAAGUACUCCCGUCACGUUAAGAGCGGUAUGAUCGAGGUGCUAUCACCUUCCCCGACGUACUACCCAAACUUCGACUCUGUGCCUCUGACCCUGGGGGACUCCGCUAAGCGUGUCAAGUGGCGCACCAAGCAGAAUCUGGACGCCUUGUAUCUGAUGGCUUACGGGCAGACCAAGGGCACAUACUAUCUGAUGAUUGAGGACGACGUGAUGGCUAAGAAGAAGUAUUUGCAGGAGAUAAAGCACUACACGGCGUCCAUCUCUCUGGCCAAUCCGAACUGGUUUUUCGUGGAGUUCUGCAAUGUAGGCGGCAUCGGCAAGCUGUUCAAGUCCUCGGACCUGAUCCACUUCAUCACCUACGUCCAGCUGUUCUACUACAACAUGCCCAUCGAUUGGCUGCUUGAGAGCUACCUGGCUGACCGCGUCUGCACCAUUGAUAAGACCUCGGCUGCUUGUGGCAAGAGCAAGAUGCAGAUCCGCCCUAAGUACAAGAGCAACCUCUUCGAACACAUUGGCAUGUACUCGUCGCUCAAGGGAAAGAUCCAGAAGGUGAAGGAUGGCAAAUACGGUAAUCAGCCCAAUCACUAUGCGCAUAACAAUCCUCCCCUCGAGCGGAUCUAUACCGACAUCGAAGCUCACGCGGAUCAUUCCUUGGAGAGGGCUUACUACGGCGAAACUUACUUCUGGGGCAUUACGCCGAAAAAGGGAAACGUAGCCGAAUUCUGGUUCGAUAGACCCUUCGAUCUUGGCAGAUAUACAUUCCGAAGUGGCAAUGUCCAUCACAUGAACGACAAAUUCAAGGAUACGGUCGUGGAAAUAUUGCCUGAGAAUGGCAGGAAUUUCAUCACAAUAGACCAGUUCGAUGAGUUUGGUCUUGCUGAUGGUCUUUUAAAGCGGGAUAUUGGACCGAUUGAAGCUAUUCGUCUCCGCGUCGAUAAAUCAAGCUCUCAUUGGGUCAUUCUCAGCGAGAUCGACCUGAAGUCGUUCGACCGAAUGGUGGAGGAAUGACGCCAGGCCCACGAGCGCAGUUCCCGGAUCCCGAUACAUCCCUUUGGAUCCUUCACCAAAUACAACAAUAACAAGAUUCUGAACGGACGUUAGAUCUCUGAGAAGCUAGUAACAAUGGUCUGGCAUUUUUAAGUAUGGAGACUUUUGGGGUUUCUAUUGGGGUUUUUUUUGGUUACGAUUUUUGGCAGAAGACUUUGGAAAAUUUUAAGGGUGUAAUUUUUUUUUUGUCAAAAUUUAUCAAAAUUUUGGGGUGUUGGUUUUUAGUUCUGGAUGCCGGUUUUGGCAGCAGACUUUGGCAAAUUUUAAGAUGGUAAUUUUUGUGUUUUUGGCAAAAAUUUUCAAAAUUUUGGGAUGUUGAUUUUUAGCUUGGGGUUUUGAAAAUUACCUUAAAGUGUCCUAUUUUAACAUUGAACGAGAAAGUAGUCGGAGUGACGUAUCGCAAAUAGCGGAAAUCCGUUAUGCUGUUGGUAAAGGAAUGGUUAAAUUGGUACUAUUUCCUCGUUCAACUGUUAAGAAAUUAUUAAAAACGCCAGACAUGAUUCUGUCUCUUUGUUUUUGACGAAAAUUGUUAGAUUUCAGUUGUGCUACAUUUUUUUUAUUUCUUUCUCAUUUAUUAUAUUUGAAAAAAUUUCGUGCAUUAUCUUUCAGCUGGUUUGAAUUCGUAUUAAAAUUUAUUUGAAAACGUAUUUUUUUAAUUAUUAAAAAAUGUAGCUCUUUACAAAGAAUCAAUAUUGUUACUAGAAUUUCGAUAAAAACGACUCCUGCGAAGCGGCAACCACGACACGGAAAUAUUGUUUAUUUUUUUAUUUGUUUCAUGAAGGUCCAUCAAUUUUGAGUUUCUAUAGAAAUUUGUAAUAACAUACUAGCACAAUCUAUAGAAAAAUAAGGAAAAAUAGCAUCCUUUCAGAUGGAAUUAAGAUC